GCGUGCUCCGCUCACACCCAAACUGGAAGGAACCUGUUCAGUCCGGGGCCAGCGACGCGCGGGACCAGCCCCGACGCGCGCCUCCCCUGCCCCCCAUCCUCCUCACUGGCUCCCCAGAUCCUCAGGGCGCGGGCGGACCCGGGAGCUGCGCUCGGAGAGGGGGUGCUGGGGCGCACUCGAUCGCCCCGGGCUCGAUCGCGCUCCCGCUCCCGCUCUCACUGCAGCCAAGUGCCGGGGUCCGAUCGGGCCGGGAAUCACACGGGCACGCGCGGAUGAGGGGAUGAGGGCGUCGGGCCAAGGACCCCAGAGGCGUCGGCGGGGAUGGGCGACUCGCGAUGGCAGCGCGGUUACCUUCCGUGACCCCCAGCCCCGGCAGCCGGCAGGCGGGGCGCGUGCCUUGCGCGGCCCCGAUCCACGUGGGCCCGCGCGCGCGCGCCAGGCCGGCCCCCUCCUUGCCGGCGCUCGGCGCUCCCAGCACAUGGUCCGCGGCGGCGCGCCCCCGAGGCCGGCGGAGACCGGCUGCAGCCGAUCAAGAAUGACCGAACAGAAUUCGAAGCUUCCUUCCCAAGCCAAUGUGUAUACCCAAGUGCCUGAUGGAGGAUGGGGUUGGGCAGUAGCUGUUUCUUUUUUCUUCGUUGAAGUCUUUACCUAUGGCAUCAUCAAGUCAUUUGGUGUCUUCUUUAAUGACUUAAUGGACAGUUUUGAUGAAUCCAACAGCAGGAUCUCAUGGAUAAUAUCAAUAUGUGUAUUUGUGUUAACAUUUACAGCUCCCCUCUCCACAGUCCUGAGCAACCACUUUGGACAUCGGCUGGUGGUGAUGGCAGGAGGGCUGCUUAUCAGCACGGGAAUGGUUGCUGCCUCCUUCUCCCAGAGGGUCUACCACAUGUACAUCUCCAUCGGGGUCAUCUCGGGUUUGGGGUACUGCCUUAGUUUCCUCCCGACCGUCACCAUUCUGUCACAGUACUUUGACAAAAGGCGUUCGGUAGUCACCGCGGUCGCUUCUACGGGAGAGUGCUUUGCUGUGUUUGCCUUCGCUCCAGCCAUCACAGCUCUGAAGGAACACAUUGGCUGGCGGUACAGCCUCCUCUUCGUGGGCCUCCUGCAACUGAACAUCGUGGUCUGCGGCGCCUUGCUUCGACCAAUCAUCAUCAAAGGACCAGAGUCACCGAAAACAAUCACCCUCGAACCCCGGAGAGAAGUGCAAUACAUGCUUGAAAAUGAGAAAACAAGAACCUCAAUAGACUCCAUCGACUCAGGAGUAGAACUAACUACCUCACCAAAAAAUGUGCCUAAUCAAGCUAAUACAGAGCAGGAAGCCAGAGCUGAACAGCACCAGACCCUGGUGGUUGGUCCCAAGCACAGCCCGAAGAAAACCCCGCUGUUAGACUUUUCCAUUUUGAAAGACAAAGGCUUCAUCUGUUACGCAUUGUUUGGCCUCUUCGCCACACUGGGCUUCUUUGCACCUUCCCUGUACAUCAUCCCCUUGGGUAUUAGUCUAGGCAUUGACCGAGACCGCGCUGCAUUUUUACUAUCUACGAUGGCCAUUGCUGAAGUGUUCGGAAGGAUCGGGGCUGGCUUUGUCCUCAACAGAGAGCCCAUUCGGAAGAUCUACAUUGAACUCAUAUGUGUCAUUUUACUGACAGUGUCUCUCUUCGCCUUCACUUUUGCUACUGAAUUCUGGGGUCUCAUGUUGUGUAGUGUGUUUUUUGGCACUAUGGUUGGGACCAUAGGAGGGACCCACAUCCCACUGUUGGCCGAGGAUGACGUCGUUGGAAUCGAGAGGAUGUCAUCUGCAGCUGGAGUCUAUGUCUUCAUUCAGAGCAUUUCAGGGCUGGCGGGACCACCCUUGGCGGGCCUCCUGGUAGACCAGAGCAAGAUCUACAGCCGGGCCUUCUACUCCUGCGCGGCAGGCAUGCUCAUGGCUGCUGUGUGCCUCGCCCUGGUGAGACCCUGUAAAAAGGGCCUGUGCCAGCAUCCUCAUUCAGGUGAACACCAGACAGACAGCCCUCACAGGAAGGCGUUACAGGACAUACCAGAAGACUUUCUGGAAAUGGAUCUUGGGAAAUGUGAGCACAGGGUUCAUAUGAAAGUGGAUCCAGUGUGACACACUUUGAUGUCAUAGCGUCUUUGUUGCCUGGGAAAAGAGUCCCUGGGGCAGGUGCCGACCACUGGACCCCACCUUCAAAACCGAAUAAAGGGAACGCAUGUGUGAACAGCAGCAGCACCAACACCUUUCCUUUCCCUCAAGUCCCUUCUGCUUGCUCUUUAAGCCAAAACCAAAACAACCAAACACUCUCCGGCACGGGAACCCAGCCCUAUUCAGUAGCAAUACAAAGACAGGUGCAGGAACACUGGUUCACAUCCCGGCACAAACCAUGCCACGGACUGGCAAACUGGUGUUAAAAGCACUCACGCGUGUAAGGUACUAUUUUAUAAAGUGACAUCCAGCCCAAGUCACGGAAAUGAAUUGGCCAUUCAAAAAAAAAAAAAAAAAAAAAAAAAAAUCUCGAAUCAUUAAAAGUUGUUAAUUUU